CCGACGUGCGGCGCGCAUUAUCUCCUUUCGUCCGGAGCUACAGUCCUGCGCGGCUUCGCCUCUUAGUCGCCCAGUCUCCGGAAGAUGGGGGUCGUCGUCCCCAGACGCUGCCUGGAGUGUCUGCUCGGCCUCUACUUCCUCUCCCACAUCCCCAUCACGCUGUUCGUGGACCUGCAGGCGCUGCUGCCGCCGGAGCUCUACCCGGCCGAGCUUAGAAACUUGAUGAUCUGGUAUUAUAAAGAGUUCAAAGAUCCCCUGAUGCAGGAGCCCCCAGUGUGGUUCAAGUCCUUCAUAUUUUGUGAGCUUCUGUUUCAGCUGCCUUUCUUCCCCAUCGCAACGUAUGCCUUUUUCAAAGGAAGCUGCAGGUGGAUCCGCACCCCUGCGAUCAUCUACUCAGUUCACACUAUGACAACUUUAAUUCCAAUUUUAUUCUCACUUCUAUUUGAGGAAUUUUCCAAAGCCAGUGGUUUCAAAGGACUGAGACCUGAGACCUUCCGUGAACGACUGACCCUUGUAUGCCUCUAUGCCCCCUACUUAAUCAUCCCUCUCCUCCUGCUGCUUUUCAUGUUGCGGAAUCCCUACUACAAGUAUGAAGAGAAGAAAAAGAAAAAGUGAGGGGAACAUCUCUUGGCCCCAGAGGGGAGAUGUCCUUUGGACCCAGUGAAGGAAAAACUGCUCUGAACCCAUGUCUUCAGCCUCACACAAGCACAAGAUGAUGGCAGGAGCCACAUAAAAUCUUCAUCUUCCCAGGGCAACAGGGUGAUCAGACCCAUCCGCAGGGUUUGGAGUAAGGGAGCCAGUGAUAGGAAUGUGGUGCCAAAUGCCUACAUUACCUUACAGGAGACCAGAAACUGGGUAAGCAUGGCCUGCUUGCUAUGUUCUGUGGCUCUUGUCACAUGACCAGAAUAUACACACCCACUAAGCCCAUAUCACUGGCUUAAAGAAUGAAUAGAAUGUUUCACUUUAAAAUCAAAUUAUGCCUCUUUUAAUACCCAUAAAGAACUUGUUCUUGCCAGUACCUGUACCCCUGGGAGAAAAAAAUAUUACACAAACAGUUUGAAAUUUGCUUCUAAAACAGUCAUCCCAAGAGACCUUUUUCAGGGAGGGGGGUGAGGAAAUGACUGGGGUUUGAACUCAGGGCUGCAUGCUUGUUAAACAGAUACUCUUAUCACUUGAUCUGUGUCCCCAACAACUUUCAGUCACUGUCUUUUCCCAAAUCUCUGUCUUGCA